AUGAAGCUGAAUGGGAUUCCAGUUCUCGAGAAGGUUGUGGAGGAGCUGGGGAGGAAGAAGGUCGGGGAUAAGCCGAGGAUUAACCAGCAAUGGGGUGUGACGCAGGAGCUUUGGCGUGGCUGCCAACACCGUGUGCAUGCGCUCUCCGCAAAACAGUCGCCAGCCAACCCAUCGAUCAACGCCGCUCUCUGGCUCGAGAUGAGCGCCCCCAACGAUCGGUGGCGGCGCCAAUCGCCCCAGCGCAACCAGCGUCCGCACCAGGCGCAUUCACGCGACCGCUCCAUCGGGAGUAGUGGCCACAACACCCCGACCCCCAAGCAGGACGCCGACCGCUCGAGCUACGCCGGCAACGUUUGGGGUCAAAAGGGUCGAGGAGACGCCCAGAAGCAGGCACAGGCAAACAGGCAGUCCGCUCCGCCCGCUGCCGCGCAGCAGGGCUAUCAGGAGCAGGCGCAUAGGCCCGUGAAUGGCUUUAACUCGAAGGAGACCAAGGAUGCCCUGAGGAAGUGGUAUCAGGAUGCCAAUGCUGUGGGCUCUGGUGGAAAGUCUCCCCUCUAUAAGCCCCAAGGCGAUGUUGCAACCCGCAGUGCGGGUCCGUGGGGUAGCAAGCCGAACACAAUGGCGAACGGGCAGGAUUUCUGGGUGCAGCUGCGAAAGCAGAUGUCGGCGCUGGAGUCUGGAAAGCCGACCUGA